UGGAAGGGUCUCCUGGUGGAUGUGGAGUUCUGGCCUCUGAGUGGAUCGGGCUGCCGGUACAGCCGUCUCUGAGCCUCCGAGCGCCUCGGUCUCAGCUUCUGUAACAACAGAUCUUCGUCAUUAGGUCGAGUCAUCACAUGAUAAAAAGCGUGGCUGGAUUCUGACAGCACAGAAGAUGUCUGAUGAUCGGAGGCGAGGCAGAUCCGGGCCUCCUCCCUCAGAAGAUGCUCUCGUUAGAGGUCAGACCCAACUCGAGCAGCUGAAUGGACAUCCCUGAGGGUGGGACGCUCCACCUCUCGGAGGGAGUUCCUUUCCGCUGCUUCCAGUGAAUUUCCAGGACUUGAACGAGGUCAGAGUGCAGACCGACUGGAGAAACAACAUCUUGGUUCUCUAGAUCAGCUUCCUCAUAGCUGAAGUAUGAUUAGUUCACUUGUCGAUUCCUACCCGAGGUUCCAGGAUGAAAUCAAGGUUCUUGUCCCAGCGAACUGAUUCCCACAUUACCGACGUGGACUUGGGCUGGAGGGUGGAUCGGCUACAAGAUAACUGGGCUCUGAUCCAUGCCCAGCAGCUGGCUGCGCAGGAGAACCUCCCUCUUCAUGUCUGCUUCUGCCUGGUGGUCCCAAAGUCCCCGCUGUCCACUCUGAGACAUUACAGCUUCCUGCUCAAGGGUCUAGAGGAAGUUGCAAAGGAAUGCAAACAGCUGAACAUCCAGUUCCACCUGCUGCAUGGCGCAGCAGGAGACCUGCUGCCGGCCUUCGUGUCUGAUCGGGAUUUUGGAGCAGUGGUGACGGACUUCUCCCCCCUCAGGGAACAUCUGCAGUUGCUGAAAGACGUUCAGAAGAAACUUAAAAAAGACGUCCCCCUCAUGCAGGUUGAUGCUCAUAACGUUGUUCCCUGCUGGGAAGCAUCACCAAAACUGGAAUAUGCUGCCAGGACCAUCAGAGGAAAGAUUACCAGUAGGCUUCCAGAGUUCCUGACCGAUUUUCCUGCUGUGGAGAAGCACCCUCACACCGCUGUGAGGACCGCCAAGCCCGUAGACUGGGACGAAGCCCUGGCCUCUCUGGAUGUGGACAGGAGCGUGGAGGAGCCACAGUGGGCCAAACCGGGCACAGCCGCAGGAAUGGCCAUGCUGGAGUCCUUCAUCGAUGUUCGCCUUAAACUGUUCAACACCCACCGUAACGACCCAAACGCCGCUGCCCUCAGCCAGCUGUCCCCGUGGAUCCGCUUCGGCCACCUCUCCGCUCAGCGUGUGGCGCUGCAGGUCCGGCGCUGUGGGAAGAACGCCACUGAGUCUGUAGCCUCCUUCAUUGAGGAACUUGUGGUGCGCAGGGAGCUGACGGACAACUUCUGCUUCUACAACGAGAACUACGACAGCGUGAAGGGCGCUUACGAGUGGGCUCAGAAAACGUUGAACGACCAUGCCAAAGACAAGAGGGAGUAUCUGUACACACGGGAGCAGCUGGAGCAGGCCCAGACCCACGACAAGCUGUGGAACGCUGCUCAGUACCAAAUGGUGCGAGAUGGGAAGAUGCAUGGCUUCAUGAGGAUGUACUGGGCCAAGAAGAUUCUGGAGUGGACCAGUUCCCCAGAGGAGGCGCUGUCCAUCGCCCUGUACCUGAACGACCGCUAUGAGCUGGACGGACAAGACCCCAACGGCUUCGUUGGCUGUAUGUGGUCCAUCUGUGGGAUCCAUGACCAGGGCUGGUCAGAGAGACCCGUCUUUGGGAAAAUCCGCUACAUGAACUACAAAGGCUGCCUUCGGAAGUUUGAUGUUGCCCAGUUUGAGAGAAAGUUCUGCCCCAAGAAGCCCUGAAGCAUGGGAAGACCUCAAUGCCUGAAGACCUCAUGGAACCUCCUACUGUGUUUCUGAUGGGAUGGUUUUGUUACUCGUGAGUUUGCUGGUAAACCUACACUCGUUAACAGGUUUGUGUUCUUUGAUAUGAAUUUAAUCUUGUGAGAAAAACUUUCCCACUUUGUUUUGAUGCGGCCUUUUACGUCCGUCAUUAUUUUGCUACAUCUUUAUAUUUGGGGAAUAAAUUCAUCUUUAAUUGAAUAAAUAA